CACGCGCUAUCUCUAUCCUUUACUUAAAAAUCGUCGGCAGGUGUCGCUACGAGCUUGCGCACGCGAGUCGUGACCGAGCUCCUCUCUCAUCUCCUCCUCCCGUCAGGCGCGAGCGUGACAUGUGUCGAAUAGAAAGCGAGCGUCGCGUUUCCAGCUGAGCGCGUACUCUCUCCCAGCGCGUGUGCGUGCGUGUGUAUGUUGUUAUUAUUGUGGCGCUCUCCGCCGCGCGCAGAAUGGCUAGAUUCACCCAGACUGAAGCGAGAAGGCAUCAGCAUCCCCAGCAGCAUCCUCAGCCUGCCCACGCCAGCCUGCUCUUCACUGGACCGGGGGCGGUACCGAGCCAGGCAGCGGCACCACUGCUCCUGAUCCCGCACCAGCCCCAGUACGCGCACAUCACCUUCCCCAAGCCCAUGAACGGCUCCGAGUCCAUCUCCAUCCACUCCGACAACGGCACCAUGAAAGACCAGGAUGCCAUCAAGCUCUUUAUAGGACAGAUCCCGCGCAACCUGGAGGAGAAAGACCUCAAACCUCUUUUUGAACAGUUUGGGAAGAUCCACGAGCUGACUGUCCUCAAGGACCGUUAUACUGGGAUGCACAAAGGCUGUGCAUUUCUCACCUACUGUGCUCGUGAAUCAGCCAUCAAAGCCCAGAAUGCACUGCAUGAACAGAAGACUCUACCUGGGAUGACACGGCCUAUUCAGGUUAAGCCAGCGGACAGUGAGAGUCGAGGAGAGGACAGGAAGUUGUUCGUGGGGAUGCUGAAUAAGCAGCAGACGGAGGAAGACGUUUAUCGUCUUUUCGAGCCUUACGGAGUUAUCGAAGAGUGUACAGUAUUAAGAGGCCCUGAUGGAAACAGUAAAGGUUGUGCCUUUGUAAAGUUUUCAACACACACUGAGGCUCAGUCAGCUAUCAGUGGGCUGCAUGGAAGCCAGACAAUGCCUGGAGCUUCGUCCAGUUUGGUGGUAAAGUUCGCCGACACUGAUAAAGAGAGAACCAUUCGCCGCAUGCAACAGAUGGUCGGUCAGUUUGGCAUCUUCAACCCUGCCGUGGCACUGCCUUUCAGCACCUACAGCAGUACCUACAGUACAUACACACACGCGUUGAUGCAGCAGCAGGCUGCGAUUAUGGCCGCCUCUCAUGGCGGAUACUUAGCGCCUAGCGUGGCAUUUCCUGCAACCCAGAUUCAUCAGGUGGGGGCGCUGAACAUGAAUGGAUUGCCACCCACCCCUAUGACACCCGUUUCAGAUGAACAACUUUGCAGACCGUUUACAUUGAUGGACAGCUACAUUACACACUGCAAUAAAGGUUUGAGCUCUCCGCCUGCGAAUCUGGCCUCCUCUGCCGUGCCAAGUAUCGUGACGCCCAUUGUUAAUGGCUUCAGUGGAAUUCCUCACCAGCCCAAUGGUCACCCAGUAGAAGCCGUGUACACCAACGGCCUGCCUGCAUACUCCACCCAGAGCCCUACGGCCGCAGAUACGCUCCAGCAGGCCUUCACCGGCGUCCAGCAAUACACAGCCAUAUAUCCUGCCACAACGCUGAGCUCUAUAGGUCAAACUCUGCCACAGCCCGCCCAGAUCAUCCAACAGCAACAACAGCAACGAGAAGGUCCUGAAGGCUGUAACCUCUUCAUCUAUCACCUGCCGCAGGAGUUUGGCGAUAAUGAACUGAUGCAGAUGUUUCUUCCAUUCGGCUCCGUCAUCUCUUCGAAGGUGUUCAUGGACCGAGCGACCAAUCAGAGCAAGUGUUUCGGGUUUGUGAGCUUUGAUAAUCCUGCCAGUGCUCAAACUGCCAUCCAGGCCAUGAACGGUUUCCAGAUCGGCAUGAAGCGUUUGAAAGUGCAGCUUAAGCGACCGAAGGACGCCAGCCGUCCAUACUGACCAGAACCGGAGCGGCACUUGUGCACUUGUCACACAUCAGAGAGGUUUUGAACAGUUGUAGUCUUGAUGUUUUGACGGAUGGAAACUUUUCUUGAAAAACCAACACACGAAAAAAGACUUAAAUAAAAAACAACAACACCAAACACACAACCAAGCGUACGGAGUGAGAAAUCAAGCGCACGAGGGAGUUCGGGAGAAACAUAUCGCAUUUAACUUAAGCACGUUUUCACCACGAUGAAAGAACGGCGUAACGGGGGACGACGACGUGGGAGGAAAUGAGGACAAAACAAACAAACAAACUGAAACUUUUUUCUUUCUCUCUUUGGAAAAACAAUACAUACCGAACACUUUGGAAGAACAGCAGUGCAUGGCCGCAACUUGUAGAGAAACGACUGACUUAGAAGCAAAAGAAGAAUUCAUGCACAUAUCAAAAGACGAUCUUCUAACGGAAACCGUCAGUCACUGCUUUUACUUCUGUGGAAUAAUGAGGGUUUAAUGUUGAAGAUCCAAGGUAAACCGUCAUUUGGACGGAUAGCGUUCUCUCUUUCUCUCUCUUUCUCUCUCUAUAUAUAUAUAUAUUCCCUCUCUCUUGCAGAGCUUGUGUAUAUGACACUGGCGCAGAAUAAUGAACUCUCUCUCACCCGUAGGGACCUGAGGACCAAAUCUUUUUAUUCGAUGUCGGUAUCGUAAAGAUGUACAAUAUUACCACACUGAUUGAUUAUCUUGCAUUGCAUACAUGCUAUUCAUAUAAUAUGCCAAUUAAGAGUUAGACACAAUUACUUCAGGGUGUAUAAUGUAGGUUUACGGGGUACGUUUUAUUGAAAAACUUAGUUUCCAGGUUACUGGAGCCAAAUGGAUAUUGAUAGAUUACGUUUAGUGGGGUAUUUUAGACUAUUGUUAUAAACUACAAAGUGUUGAUACCGAAUUGUUAUGGGCACAUUCUGAAUUGCUGUUCAUCGUCAAGUCUCAUUUCAGAAAGUUGGAUAUUUUACAAAAAACAAGGGACAUUGCGGUAUCAUUUCAUUCAUGCACCAUUUAGAAAAAAAUACAAAAGCGAACACCUAGUUUGUCAUUUUUGCCAAACAACAGCUAUUGAGCUACGCCAUUUCUCAAGGAAAUGUCACUCCGGUGCACCACCAAAACGUCUUUGAGUGGCCGUUUUAAAGCUGUAAUCUUUAUAUUUACAGCGUGACAACUUUUUAUCUUAGCUUAUCAAGUAGUUUACUAUGUUACUUUUAUAUUUUUCUUGUAUUGUGCCACAUAUUUUAGCUUGCUUACUUCUUCUAAGUUAUAUUUUUGGGCUUUGUGCCUUUAAUUAGACAGAAUAGUUGGUGUUGGGUGGAAAUAGGCGAGGCGGGAAUCAAACUUGGGAGCACGCUGGUGCUAAACUAGCUUGCCUACUUCUAAUGCUAUACAUUUUGUGUAGUGUCCAAACAUAUUGUUGUUCAAAAAAUUUUAUUGCUAAAUAUGUACCUCGGCUGUCAUUGGAGUACCCUUCAAAAAGGUCCUAAAAUGUACCAUUAGGUAUAGAUACUGUAUGUAUACACUUGGUACCAAUAUGUACCUCUGAAGUACUAAUAUGUGACCCAUGCUGGCAAAAUGAGACGAAAUUAGAAAAUUUUCAAAAAUGAGUUAUUAAUAUUUUGAUAUUAUCUAUAAAAAAUAUCAAAACGAUGUAUGAUUUGUUAUAAUCUGACAAAAAUGACAGAACUACACAUGUUUGAAGUUGACAGAGUUAAAUUAAGAUUUGGGUUCAAAAGCAAAAUCCCCAAAUCCAUACCUUAAAAUCACAGGUAAAACUAAUAGAUUUAACACACACAAAGUCAAAAAC